AUGGCAACUCAUGGAGGAAAUCCGAAUAUGGAAUUAUUAAUUCCAAUGAUCAAUCAACUUCAACAUAUAUUUACAUCAGUUAAUGCAAAAUUGACAUUAACACUGCCACAAAUAGCAGUUGUUGGUGCUCAAUCAGCGGGUAAAAGUUCUGUACUUGAAAAUAUUGUUGGCCGUGAUUUUCUUCCUCGUGGUGGAAAUAUGGUUACAAAACGACCACUUGUACUGCAAUUGAUAACGUCACAAGGCCAAGAAUAUGCGGUAUUUGGACAUAAACCACAACAAAGAUUUAUUAAUUAUGCUGAUGUUCGAGCAGAAAUUGAAAAUGAUACUAAAGCUAUUGUACGAGAUGAUAUGGGAGUAUCAAAUUUACCAAUUAAUUUAACAAUUUUUUCACCACAUGUUGUUAAUCUUACACUGGUCGAUUUACCGGGCAUGGUUAAAGUUCCAUCUCAAGGACAACCGCCGGAUAUUGUGAAAAAAAUCGAUGAUAUUAUUCUCGAAUAUAUAAGCAAUGAAAAUUGUCUUAUUUUAGCUGUUACACCAGCUAAUAUAGAUAUUGUUACAUCAGAUGCUUUAGUUAUGGCACGUAGUCGAGAUCCAAUGGGUAAACGUACAAUAGGUGUAUUAACCAAACUUGAUAUGAUGGGCAAAGGACAUAAUGCUCGUGAAGUACUUUUAAAUAAAGUUGUUGUUCUUGAACGAGGUUUUAUUGGUGUUGUUCUUCGUGGUCAACGUCUUGAUGAAUAUGGACGAGCAUCCAAAGAAUUAGACAUUCCGGCUGCAUUAGAAAAUGAACGUCAAUUUUUUCAAAAUGAUCCAGCAUAUCGUGAUAUUGCUGACCGAUUAGGUGUACCAUAUUUACAACGUACACUUAGUGUUCAAUUAACUGAACAUAUCCUUAAAUGUUUACCUGAUCUACAACGAGAAUUACAAGGUCGGCAUCGUGAUUUAGGAAAAGAAGUUGCUGAAUAUCGUGCAUCAGCUAUGUUUGAAAGUUCGUCAAGUUCGGAUACAAAAGCGCUUGUCGGAUUAACACAUGAAUUACAUGAAAAUUUUGAUACAGCAUUACAGGGUACACAUUUAAAAGAAGCUGAUUUAAAAACAUUAACAGGUGGUGCACGUAUUGCUAACAUAUUUCGUGAACGUUUUCCAUUUGAAUUAGUCAAAACUGAAUUACAAGAUAAAGAUAUGCGUAAUCAAACAAUAGUUGCAAUUAAAAAUAUUCGUGGUUUUCGAUCGGGUCUUUUUACUCCUGACGAAGCAUUUGAAUAUAUUGUACAAAUGCAAAUAUCUAAAUUUGAAGAUCCAGUUAUGAAAUGUGUUGAUAUGGUUGUAUCAGAAUUACUAUCUAUUAUUCAUGAAGCAACAAACAAAAUGAAACGAUAUCCAUUAUUAAGACAAGUUACAGAAGAUUUAUUAACUCAAUAUUUACGAGAACGUGAAAUUGCAACUAAACAAGCUUGUUCAACUUAUAUUCAAACUCAAUUAUCUUAUAUUAAUACGAAUAAUGAAGAUUUUAUUGGAUUUGCAGGUGCAGAAAAAUCAGUUACUGCCGGUGAAGCCAAACGAACUGUUACUAAUCAGGGUCAAGUACGUUAUUCAUCUGGAUAA